AUGCGACUUCAACAGUUCUUUUUUGUAUUUUUAAUUUUUAUGAUGAGUCUUCUUAUCAACGGGCAGAGACCAGCUAAUUUGGCAAUGAGAAGAAAAUUGUACAGACACAACUGCGUUCAGAGGAGAUGCAUGCCUCUCCACUCACGAGUGCCCUUCCCCUGAGAUCUUCUCUAGUGAACUUCACCUUGUCUGCCAGAAGAAGAAAAGAAGUGAAGAAAAGAUACCCAUACACAUAAUAGUGUGAUUGCUUAGAAGUUCCUGUAAGAAAGGAAUCAUUUGAAAGCAUCUGGGAUCGUUUAUUAGUUUCACAGGAUUCUCUUCUUCUUGUUUUCUCUUUAGAGAGAAAAUAUCAUAAAUUCAAAAGCAAUUCCAGUCUGAAGCACAAUUAUUUGCCUGCAUGACAAAAAUCUCUCAUCUUUUUCUGCACGUUACUAUUUUUACAUGGGUUAAAAAGAAAAAUACUUUUUAAUGUUUUAGAACUCUCUAAUUG